AUGGCUCUUCCGAAUCUAUUCCCUCAGCGUCUUAGCGCUGCUGCUGAUCCCUCAGAUCAAACUAAGUCCGCCUCUAGAUUUUCCUUGUCCCCAGACCGAAGUCUCUGUCUAAAUGGAAUUAUAACCAUUCUCUCUGAUGUUCCCAAGAAUGUGACCCUCUCAGCUUUCUCUUCAUUGCCCCAUGCAACGGAUACAGACUCUCCUCCCCCUCUUAAUAUUCUUGAAUCCGUUGAAAGCAAGUCUCAAAACGGGGCCUUCCUUGGUUUAUCCGUUGAGGAACCCCAUGAUCGGAUUCUAAACCCUAUCGGAAAGCUCCUUGACCGGAAAUAUUUGAGUAUUUUUCGGUUCAAGACCUGGUGGUCGACGAUGUGGGUUGGUUCUAAUGGAUCCGAUUUACAGAUGGAGACCCAACUGAUCCUUUUACAAGUCCCCGAGAUAAACUCCUACGCUCUCGUUGUUCCUUUGAUAGAAGGAAGCUUUCGCUCAGCAAUUCACCCCGGCGCUAAUGGAGACGUGGUGUUAUGCGUCGAAAGCGGCUCGAUGAAAGUGAAGGGUAAGACCUUCUCGUCUUGUGCAUAUCUGCACGUCGGGGACAACCCUUAUGACCUCAUGCGGGAUGCCUUUGCCGCUGUGCGUGUCCACUUGGCCACGUUCAGGCUUUUGGGGGAGAAAACUCUGCCAAAAAUCGUUGAUAAAUUCGGAUGGUGCUCUUGGGAUGCGUUUUAUCUGACGGUGGAGCCUGUGGGAUUGUGGCAUGGCAUUAAGAGCUUUGUGGAGAACGGGUUUCCACCACGGUUUUUGAUUAUAGAUGACGGGUGGCAAAGCAUAAACAUGGACCAUGAGUCCCCCUUAAUGUACUCCAAGGAUCUAUCGGGACUUGGGUCUCAAAUGCUUUGCAGGCUCAACAGAGUCGAGGAGAAUGACAAGUUCGCAAAGUACCAGGCGGGUGCCAUGCUAAAACCCGAUGCACCAACAUUUGAUCAGGAAAAACAUGACAAAAUGUUCAGAGAAAUGGUUGCCUCAGCAGAGAAAAAAUCGAAGCUGAAGAUAGAGACUAAUGGUGAUCAUGACCCUGAUCAUGACGAUCACUCGAGCCAUGCAGAUCAGGGAACCAUCAUAGAGUAUUUAAACGAAGAAGACGGAGUAGAGAGAGGGGGUUUGAAGGCUAUGGUGAGUGAUCUAAAGACAAAAUUCCCUAGCUUAGAUGAUGUGUAUGUGUGGCACGCUCUUUGUGGGGCUUGGGGUGGUGUUAGGCCUGGGACAAUGACUGGGUUGGAUGCCAAAGUGACUUGUGCAAAAUUGGCUGCAGGGCUCGAGAAGUGCAUGUAUGAUUCGGCAGUGGUUAUGAUUGUUAAAGGUGGAAUUGGGCUUGUGAAUCCAGACCAAGCUGCAGACCUGUACGAGUCCAUGCACUCAUAUUUGGCUGAUGCUGGUAUUUCUGGCGUUAAAGUGGAUGUCAUCCAUACUCUGGAGUAUGUGUCUGAGGACCAUGGUGGCCGAGUUCAGCUUGCCAAGAGAUACUAUGACGGCUUAAGCCAGUCCCUGAAGAAGAAUUUUGGGGGAAGUGGGCUUAUUGCUAGCAUGGAACAGUGUAAUGAUUUCUUCUUCCUGGCCACGAAGCAGAUCUCUAUUGGCAGAGUUGGGGAUGACUUCUGGUUUGAGGAUCCAAAUGGGGAUCCCAUGGGAGUGUGCUGGUUACAAGGAGUACACAUGAUACACUGCAGCUACAACAGCCUUUGGCAGGGGCAAUUCAUACAGCCUGAUUGGGAUAUGUUCCAAUCUGAUCAUUUAUGUGCUGAAUUCCACGCUGGUUCAAGAGCCAUUUGUGGUGGACCAGUCUAUGUUAGUGACAAAGUUGGACGCCAUAAUUUCCAUCUCCUGGGGAAGCUGGUUUUACCUGAUGGAACCAUACUCAAGUGCCAGCAUUAUGCCCUCCCCACCAGAGAUUGCCUCUUUCAGAACCCAUUAUUCGAUGGCAAGACCCUGCUCAAACUCUGGAACCUAAACAAGUAUUCUGGGGUGGUUGGAGUAUUCAACUGCCAAGGUGCUGGAUGGUACCCAAAAGAGCACAAGUGCAUGGCAUACCCACAAUUCUACAAGUCCACAAAUGGGGUGGUGUCUCCAGAUGAUGUUGAAUGGGAGCAGAAAGACUUCACAGCUCAGUUCCGGAGCACCGACCAAUUUGCUGUCUACCUUCAGAAAGCUGAUAAUGUUCAAGUGCUGAGAUCCAAAGACCAAAUUAGCAUCACCGUGCAACCUACUUCUUUUGAGAUAUUCACUUUCUGUCCUGUCCAAAAACUAAAUGGGAGAGCUAAAUUUGCACCCAUCGGCCUUGAAAACAUGUUUAACAGUGGAGGGGCAAUAGAGUUCUUGGAAUAUGGAAGCAAUACAGACAUCUCUACCGUGACGAUCAAGGUUAAAGGAUCAGGAACACUGUUGGCUUACUCAAGUGAGAAGCCUAAGAUGAUCAUUCUGAACGGAGAAAAGGUGGAAUUUGAGUGGUCAACCAAUGGAAUACUGCGGUUUGCAGUCCCUUGGAUUGCUGGGGGCUUAUCUGAUGCCUUCAUUUCCAUAAGCUGAAUUCAUAGUAACGUCUGCCAAAAUAAGCUGACAAGGGUUUGGUGUCUGGUGUCUUUGC